CGCCGCUGCCUACUAAUCAUUCACCAGCCGGGGAGCAGCAAGUGCUGCCGCUCGGAGCGAGCGGCGCCGGCAGCCGCCUCCCGCCCCGCAGCCGCCGCGCCGGGGACCCGCCGGGAUGCCGAGCCCGGCCCGCGGCGGGCGGCUGCUGCUCUGAGCCGGGGGCGGGGAGCUCCGGGCAGGGGAUUGCUCCCCGAUGGCACCUGCACCAGGCUCCCGGGCGGUGCAGGCGGCGACAGAGGCGGCGGCGACAGCGGCGGCGACAGCGGCGGAGCCGGCAGCGCCUCGGAGGAGGCGACGGCGGGGGGCAUGGACUCGGGCGGCAGGAACUCCUCUGGCGUCCCGAACAGCACCCUGAGCGAGUCUCAGGGCAGCGCCAUCCUCAUCUCGUUCAUCUACUCCGUGGUAUGCCUGGUGGGGCUGUGUGGCAACUCCAUGGUCAUCUACGUGAUCCUCCGCUACGCCAAGAUGAAGACGGCCACCAACAUCUACAUCCUCAACUUGGCCAUCGCGGACGAGCUGCUGAUGCUCAGCGUCCCCUUUCUGGUCACCUCCACCCUGCUGCAUCACUGGCCCUUUGGCUCGCUGCUCUGCCGCCUGGUGCUCAGCGUGGAUGCCAUCAACAUGUUCACCAGCAUCUACUGCCUGACCGUGCUCAGUGUGGACCGCUACAUUGCCGUGGUGCACCCCAUCAAGGCGGCUAGGUACCGCCGGCCCACUGUGGCUAAAAUGGUCAAUCUGGGUGUCUGGGUGCUUUCCAUCCUCAUCAUCCUGCCCAUCAUCAUCUUCUCCAACACAGCGGCCAACAGUGAUGGAACGGUGGCUUGCAACAUGCUCAUGCCAGAGCCCACGCAGAGGUGGCUGGUAGUCUUUGUGGUCUACACCUUUCUGAUGGGCUUCUUGCUGCCUGUGGUGGCCAUCUGCCUCUGCUACAUCCUCAUCAUUGCCAAGAUGCGCAUGGUGGCCCUGAAGGCUGGCUGGCAGCAACGCAAACGCUCAGAGCGCAAGAUCACCCUCAUGGUCAUGAUGGUGGUGAUGGUCUUUGUCAUCUGCUGGAUGCCCUUCUACAUCGUGCAGCUGGUCAAUGUCUUUGUAGAGCAGGAUGACGCCACCAUCAGCCAGCUCUCUGUCAUCUUGGGCUAUGCCAACAGCUGUGCCAACCCCAUCCUCUAUGGCUUUCUCUCGGACAACUUCAAGCGGUCCUUCCAGAGGCUGCUCUGCCUCAGUUGGAUGGACAAUGCUGCAGAGGAACCCAUCGACUACUAUGCCACUGCCCUCAAGAGCAGGGCAUACAGCGUGGAGGACUUUCCCCCAGACAACUUGGAGUCAGGGAGCAUGUACAGGAACGGCACUUGCACCUCCAGGAUUACCACACUCUGAGGAAGCAUUCCUGCUCCCCGCUCCCCUACUGCCCCCCAGCAGGAGGGUGAGCAAGGCCAGGGCUGUGGCAUGGGGAGGCCGGGAGGGAGGGGGUUUCAGUCCUGCCCACCAACAGCAGUGUUUGGCACAAGGAGUGAAGAAAACCUUGCAUCCUUGGUCUGCCACUCCCUCCCUCCCCCCUGUCUGCCUCCCUUGAGAGUGGGCGCAGUCGCUGAUGCUUUGACACCCAGUUAGCAAAUUGCCACGCUCGAUUUAGGGUCUGGGAGCUGGGCUCUGUCACCUCUCUCUGUGUCCAGUGAGUGGCUGUAUGGGUCCCGCAGCGACUCUCCCCUCACCUUUUAUACAGAUUGCCCCCCUGCUUGGUUGGUGGGACCCCCAGGCCACUGAGACAAGCCUCCUUCAGUCAAGCCCUAGCAUUCAGGCUCAGACUCCCCCCGACUGAAAGAGACCCUACGCAGCAUCUGUCAGCAUGCACCUCCCCUUCAGAGAGUAGAUAUGAUGGGAAAAGUCCCCCCUAACACACACCUUGCCCUCCCCCAGGAAGGAGCAAGUAACAUCCCUCUACACCUCCCCCACCAGGACUAAAAAAGAAAACAGGUAGCAAAAAGGCCCCAAGAAAAGAAGCAGCAGAGUCGUGGAGCUGUUCUUUGCUUUGCAGAUAGCUUCCGCCUCACUGCUGCUCUGGUGCUCUGUGCUAUGCUCGGGCGAGCAGGGCAGAUUAUUGCUGUGCUUCAGAGCUGCGCAGCAGGUUGCUGAUAACAGGAGAUAAACAGUCCCGUGACUCACAGGGAGCAGAGCACUGAGCCAGGAGCUGGGGGGAGCACUGAGCUGGGAAAUGUUUCAAUGUGUCCAUACAUACAAUAAAGUGUGCUAAUAAUCAAGUUUAAAGAGAGCGCUAGACUGUGAAGGUAUUGUCUUGCGCCUGCUCUAUCAGCCGUGAAACAGCGAUGAAGGGAGCUGAGACAGUUAUAUAUGACCUGGGUGGCUGCAAAGUCACUUUAGCCUACAUGGCAAAAGAGGGAUUAGUUUAAAAAUCUCCACCAGGCUCUGAAAUAAAUACUUGACAAACACACACACACACACACAAAAAAAAAAAAAAAAAAAAAAAAGUAGCUGUUUGAUAAUAGCUAUUACCCUAGCUCCAGUUUCUUCUGUUGCACUAAAAAAAAAAAAAACUAAAAUGGGUUUCAUAUGUUGCCAAUGUAAUAUACUGGCCCAGAGCUUCUUAAUGUUUCAUUUCUGAGAAUUCUUGGUUUUAUUGUGUGCCAGAUGUCUUUUUAUUUGAUUUUUUUAUUUGAUUUGUGUCACUGUGUUGUGAACGUGUUUCUCUGAAGCAAUUUAUACUGUGUACUUAUGUCUGUGGUGGCUACUUGCAAGGUUGCAUUUUAAAUGGGUGAUGCUUAAGAAGGCUCCUUUUCAGAUAAAAAGAUUGUCACUUUUUCUAACUCUUUCAUCUACGAUGUCUCCCCCACAAAAAUUCUCUCUUUUGAGUUUUCUCUCUUCCCAUCUUAUGACAGAUCAAUUAUCAUAUAGAUGAACGAAGCUUUCUUGUUUGAUAAACGACAGCUGAUUAAACAUAAUCUUCUAUCCCUGCUCCUCUUAUGCCAGACGUGAGGAUCGGUACGGACCAUGCUGAAAUAAGCAGUUAUGUUUUUUGCUUUUUACUGCCUAUGUUAACAGUGUCACACAGUGGCAGGUGCCCCUGUGGCUGUGACAAAUCACUUCUUUAGCACAAUACUGUGGUUGUAUUAAUUAUAAGUACCGGCAAUCUGAAGCAAGAGAUUGGGAAAAAUUUCUAGCAGCAGCAUAGCCGUAGCAUUGUACUCAUAGCUACGGUGCUUAAGUACGGUGUUACGGUGUUAAGCGUAAGGUUGACAAUUCAGGCAUUUAGCAUUUGCAGUGGUGGACUUACUACAAGUUUUUGUUAAAUUAUACCUUUUAGCUGUUCUCAGCAGCAAAAAGCAGGAUACUACUUUGUACAUUUCUUUCACCAAAAAUUACGUACUGUUAAAUGAAUGUAUAAAUUUAGUAUUUCAAAGUUGUCUGAUUCAAAGUCCAUCGAAAUGAGAGAAAAAAUCCUAAUUCACUUCAAUGAACUGUGAGUCAGCUCCUUUUAGUUUAAAAAUUGCUAAUGUGGAAGCUGUUACAUCCUUAUUAAAAUAUUUUGUGAAAAGCUU